AUGGUUGCCAGCGAUUCCGGCGUGAGAAAGCGCAAACCUCAUCGUCAAUCGUCACGUGACAAGACCCCGUCAACGGCUCCAACGGCGGCCACGGAAGAACUCAAGACGGCCAAGCACCAAGAACGUGAGAGCGAGCAGAAGUUCCAGGACGUGACCAAAUCGCUGAACCGCACAGAGAGUUGGCACGCUCGAGCUGCUGCGCAUUUGGCUCGCAAACGCAUUUUCUCCAUCUUGAGCGGGAUCGUGAUUGGCGUCGUGGCCGUCAUUAGCGUGCAAAGUUACUACCUCGAGACGCCUCUCAUCACGGAACAUUCGCUGCUGAAAGUGCGGGAGAUGUUUGACAACUUUAAUUGGUCCGUCAACGUCCGCGACGAGCUCUUGGCCGCGUUUGACCACAGUCCGAGUCUUCUUGGACCGGGAGAGAUACGCCCGGGGCUUCAAUUGUUUCAAGAAGAGAACCUCACGGCUUUCUCACCCGUAAUUCUGUUGCCAGGCUUCACGUCCACUGGUCUUGAGAUCUGGAAUGGAAGUGCCUGCAGCAAAGCCUACUUUCGACAACGGAUGUGGGGCACCUCGAGAAUGCUGCAGCAGUUUAUGAUGAAUCAAAAGUGCUGGCUGGAGCACAUGAUGCUCAACCGGUCGACUGGAAUAGACCCAGACGGCAUCAAGCUGCGUGCAGCCAAAGGACUUGAAGCAGCCGACUACUUGAUCGGUGGGUUCUGGGUUUGGGGAAAGUUGGUGGAGAAUCUGGCCGAGAUCGGAUACGACAGCAAUAAUCUAUACAUGGCAGCGUACGACUGGAGACUCAUGCCGCACUUGCUGGAAAAGCGUGACGCAUACUUUACCAAGCUCAAGUACACGAUUGAAAUGGCACGGAUGUCGUCAAGAAACCAGAAAGUGAUGCUUGUCACACACUCGUACGCGAUGCAGGUGUUUUUUUACUUCUUGAAGUGGGUCGAGAGCGAUCAUGGAGGCCAGGGAGGAGACCAGUGGGUGGAGAACAACAUUGAAGCGUUUGUAAAUAUCGCGGGGCCGACGCUGGGUGUCGUCAAGACGAUCAGUGCGCUCAUGUCGGGCGAAAUGAAAGACACAGCAGAGUUGGGCGGCUUGUCCAAGUUCCUCGGCUAUUUCUUCAGCGUUUCAGCGCGUACGCAACUGGCACGGUCGUGGUCGAGUGUCUUUGCCAUGCUGCCCAUUGGCGGCGACCGUAUCUGGGGCACGAUCGACUCAGCGCCCGAUGAUAUUGUGUCUGCUUCGCCGCUAUCGACUGGAGCGAACUCGACAGUGGACCCUAAGAAGGUCAACGACCAUGUUGAGCGCUAUGGCUCCGGCGGACAAAUCCUUCGCUUCAUUAAUACCACGCAAGAGAACAUCACUGUAGGUGACGUGCACAACUUGCUGGGAGAGCUGGACCCUUACCUCGAUACAUUCAGCUCGUGGUUUAGCACUGGUAUCGCCGACGACCCGUCACUUCUCAAGUAUGACCAGGCCAAGUACUGGACCAACCCGUUGGAAACCACUUUGCCGAAAGCGCCGAGUUUGAAGAUCUUCUGCUUUUACGGUGUGGGCAAGCCGGCAGAACGAGGGUACUCGUACGGAGACAACCCGUUGCAAGAAGAUGUCAGCGCGCACGUAAACGGCAAGCGGGUGGCCCCUUACGUGUUCAACACGGAGGUCAGCGACCUGCCAUAUAUCAAGGGCGGAAUCCGGUACACUGAUGGCGAUGGCACAGUGCCUCUUGUAUCGUUGGGUCUCAUGUGUGCCAGUGGCUGGCGGACCCAAAAGUUCAACCCGGGAGGAGUCGAUGUUCGCGUUCGUGAGUACGGCCACAACCCCGUGUCGAUGUUGUUCGAUCCGCGAGGCGGACCUGAGACGGCUGACCACGUCGAUAUCAUGGGCAACCAUGCGCUUAUCCGCGACGUGCUUCUCGUCGCUGCUCGUGCGUACGAUCGCGUGCCCGAGAACAUCACGUCGAGGAUCAUGGAGAUCGCUGAACGCGUUGGAGAGCUGUAA